AUGGUUCUACUAUCUGAAGAAGUGACCCUGUUACUUGAACAAAAGGUUGCUCGUUUGGUAUGUUAUCCAUCUCUUCAGUGUGCUCCAAGGAAUGAUGUCAGACAGAAAUUUCAGGAGUACAGGAAAACCAUGUAUGAGCAGCAGGUCGAGUGCUUCAGAGAAGAACGUAAACGCCAGGUCUCUUCCAUGAUUGAUCGUAUUGUAGAAGGAAAGCGACGAAAACUGUUAGGUCUUGGUUCUAAAAAGAAGUUUGCUCAUACUGAAAAUGACAGUUCAGUGCAAGAGAAUUUACAGUCAAAGAAUGACAAAACAGACACAGAUCUUAUCGACCGAGAUGCUCUUCUUAAGGAGGAACUGGACAAGAUCAAAUCCAUUGAUGAAAAUAGUACACUUGUCCAGACAUUUACAGCAAGUGCAUGGUUGAGUGAAGAAGAUGCUACCCCUGUUCAGUGGAAAUAUCCUGCAACCUCUACUGAAAAUCUCCGUUACAAAACCUUUAAAAACCUGUGGGAAAAUGGUUAUUACCUGACUGCAGGACAGAAAUUUGGGGUAGACUUUCUUUUAUAUCCUGGAGAUCCUGUUAAAUUUCAUGCCCAGUUUCUGGUGAUUUGUAUAGACAGAAAUGAAGCAUUGUCAGCAACAGAUUUAGUGGCUCUAGGAAGAUUAGGGACAUCAGUUAGGAAGACUGUCAUUCUAUCAAGUCUUUUAGAUGAUGGAAAUUCAGUGAUGUAUCAGUCUCUCCAGUGGAAUGCACCUUUUUAA